CACACACACACACACACACACACACAGCCGACACACACUCACGCAGCCGACACACAUCGACGAUGACAGACGACUACACGCCGUUGUUGUCGCCACAAACGGCAACGGAGAGCACAACAGUUGGAGCGACGGCGCCGGCGUUUCGCAGGAAAUGGCUGACGGUGGCGCUGCUGGUUGGCAUCAACCUUCUCAACUACCUCGAUCGCUUCACCAUCAGCGGCAUCCUGCCAAACCUCAAGGACGCAAGCGAGUCACACCUCGACCAUGACGUCUCCGACAGCCAGGGCGGUCUCCUCAUGACCGUCUUCAUCGCCAGCUACAUGGUGUUCUCCCCGGUUUUCGGGUACCUUGGCGACCGUUUCAACCGCAAGAUCCUCAUCACUGUGGGUAUCAUCUUCUGGUCCAUCUUCACUGUCGGCGGCUCCUUCUCCCAGACGUAUGUGCAACUGCUCAUUGCACGCGGUCUGGUGGGUGUUGGGGAGGCCAGCUAUGCCACCAUCGCCCCAACAAUCAUCGCAGACCUCUACCCGGCCGACGAGCGCACCUUUAUGCUGUCGGUCUUCUACCUGGCCAUCCCCGUUGGCGCGGCUAUGGGUUUCAUGGUUGGCGCUGAGGUUGCUGCUGCCCUGGGCAGCUGGCGCUGGGCUCUUCGCAUCUCCCCUCCAAUUGGGCUGGCGCUGGCCCUUGCGCUGUUCUUCUUCACGCGCGAUCCACCACGUGGCGCCAGCGACGGGCACGCACACGAAGAUGCCAAGAACAGCGCCAGCGGGCUGGAGGCGUUUCUUGACGAUGUGCGCGGCAUUCUUCGCGUCCCGACGUUCAUCUGGUCCACGCUCGGCUUCACCGCCGUCACCUUCACCUCGGGCGCCAUGGCCCAGUGGGCGCCCACGUUUGUGUAUCGCCAGGCGCACGAGGCCGGCAGCAGCAUGAGCUCGGCAACGGCGGCGCUCGCUUUCGGUGCCGUCACGUGCGCUGCUGGCAUCAUCGGCACCCUGGGCGGAUCCUGGCUCUCAAAGCGGUACGCGCCGCGAACGGGUGCGAUUGACUCGUACAUCUGCGGCGUGGGGAUGCUGCUUGCCGUGUUCUUCAUGGGCAUCUCCAUCCCCAUCGCAUCAUACAGUAUGCCCCUCUUCUGGCUCACAAUCGUCCUCGGAGAGAUUGCGCUGUGCCUCAACUGGGCGCCGUCUGCCGCCAUCACCCUCUACGUCAUCGUCCCGCAGCGCCGCGCCUCUGCUGAGGCCGUCAACAUCCUGAUGACUCAUCUCCUCGGCGACGCGUUCAGCCCGUACCUCAUUGGCCUGGUGUCGGACACGCUGAAGAAGCAUUACAACAUGACAGCCGGCGAUGCACUGAUGCUGUCGCUGUUCAUCGCCGUCGUCGUUGCGCUUCUCGGCGCUGCGGCAUAUCUCCGCUCGAGCAAGACCGUGCAGCGAGACAAGUGA